GUCUGUCAUCAACCGUCAAGCUGACAUCUUCAUUGAAUGUUCUUCUUCACUCUCCUGCUCAUCACACUGAAAGCAUCAUCGGCGCUGGGCGAUUGCGCCGAAGAAUGGCCAGAUUGCGACAAGGGCAGGAAUACAGUAUGUCAGCGAGAGGAAGACUGUAGCGCGGAAGAUGAAUGUGAGGCAGGUCCGAUGAACUACCAUAUUAGGAAGAAACUGGUGGACGUCCACAACCGGUUGAGGAAUCAGUUUGCAGGAGGUGAUCCCAAGAUGCGCUCCUUCAACGUAUCGAACAUGAUGGUUCUCAGCUAUGACAGUGACUUACAACACACGGCAGACUGCCACAUCAAUAGGUGCCAGUGGGGCCACGAUGAUUGCAGGUGGGUCUCAAAUAGCCUUUGUUAAUAAUAGAAUUUUACUUGCAAUGUGUGAUUUCCCAUGUUUCUGCUUGAUUGGAGUCCUUUUUGAUUGAUGAUAGAGAUGGUCUUGAGGAAAAGGCUAUAGAAUCUGCAAAACGAGAUGGACAUUCCUAAACAAAAAUAAUAUCGAAAAAGGAACUGAUAUUUGGAGAGACGAGCCGCUGUUGUUUCUAGAAGGACUAAGAGGAUCAAUGUUAGAGCUCAUUGCCAUGUUUCAACAAGAAACCAACACUCGUUGCCAAGGCGUCAGAGGCAUAUCACUUCGGUUUGCUAUCUUGAAGGCCAAGAACUUGCUACAGAAUUCAAAAAACCACGAAGAGAUAUCUUCAGAAGACAUGUUAAAUGAAAUCCCACGUCUAAGGAGCUUUUCACAAGCGCCAAACGUUCCUGGGGAAGAGGCUCUGGAGAGGAGUCCCUAGAGACUACUGCAGUUAGCGUUACGUUUCUCUGUGAGAGUAGUUUUUCUAAGCUGAGCUCGGCCCUCUGGCUUAGCCAUUUCAUUUACAAACAAAGAACCUGACGAAAAUCUCAAUUAUGCACAAGAACGCCUCGUACAUCUUACGAGUAGAAACCCACUGCCUGACAUAGACAACUGAAAUGCCAUUAAUGUGACUGCGACUGUCAAGUUGAUACCGAUCGAAAUUUUCCAAUGGAUCUCUAUGUUGUUCUCAUCUUCCUCCUUCUGGAGAUCUCGUUGGUGUUUGCGGGUUGCGAAGACGAAUGGCCAUCAUGUCACAAAGGGCGAAACACGGUUUGCGAAAGAAACGAAGAAUGUGGCGCGCUAGGAAACUGUGAAACUGGUCCGAUGAAUCCUGAAACUAGGAAGAAGCUAGUGGACACCCACAACAUACUGAGGAAUCAGAUGGCCGGAGGUGAUCCAAAAAUGUCCUCGAUCAAAGCCGCCAACAUGAGGGUGCUGAGCUAUGAUACUGGAUUGCAACAUACUGCAGCAUGUCACAUAAACCGAUGCAAGUUUGAGCAUGAUAAGUGCAGGGGAACGAAGAAGUUCAAGACCGCAGGGCAAAACCUAUACAUGAGCACAGCCAGAUCGAGCGGCCAAAAGCUGGCGUUCUCGGACCCGCAAAAAUUCGCCCAAAACGGCGUCGAGUCCUGGUAUAGUGAAAUAGAAAUUGCCAAUCCAGCAGAUAUAGCAGAUACGUAUAAAUUCGUUCCAGGGACAGGGCACUGGACCCAGAUGAUAUGGGCCGAAACUACACACAUAGGUUGUUCCAUAUCCGGUCAAGCUGAAGGCGACGAAGCGUACUUAGCGUGUAACUACGGACCAGCUGGGAAUGUCGUAGGAAAAAAACUGGCGGAAAGGGGCACGCCUUGUUCUAAAUGUCCUGCAGAAAUUUCUUGCAACAAAGAUUAUCCUAAUCUUUGCGGCGCCGAAGAUGCAUCUGCGUUGAGUGCUGGCACAAAGCUAACGUAUAGUAUUGAAGAAACAUUGGCGUCUGUACUUGUAAAUUUCGCGUUGUAUAUUAUUUAGAUGUUCAUCGAAAUAAAGAUAGUUAAGGGCGCAUCGCGCAGUAUGGAGAUCGGAUUCACACUUGGCAGUCACAGGGCCACAAACAAUUUUGAUGGAUUUGCAAAACAUUGCUGUCAACAUCUUAAAUAUUAAAAAACCGUUUCAUUUCUUUAAGGAAUGGGCAAUGCACAAUUUAAAGAUUGGAUGUACACUUGAUUUUUGUUAUUCUGAUCAUUGCAUUUUUUGAGACAAUAGCCAAUAUCAGGCGUAGUGACGAUGUUGAUUUCAUAUCACAACAAAAUCCAUACUGCGUAAGGUGGCCUUAACGUUUUACAACUUAA